CCUGCUUCUGCUUGUCCAGAGGGAGGACUAUCUCCUAGUAGCAGGAUCAGGCCAGGGGCUGCAUUUCUAAGUUUUGCGAGAACUCUGUUUUCGUCACCGUCUGCGGGGCUGAUCGGUCCGCAAGGGGCAGGCCGCGGGAAAGGGCUGGGCCGAGGGAAAGGAAGCUGGGCAAGAGUGCGAGUGAGCGUGGGCACGAAGGAGGGGAGGGCACGCGCGGGACUCUUGCGGGAGCGCCGAUGGGCGAGCCCGGAGGAGGGCAGGUGGGGCGGGGUGCCCUAGGCUAGGUGGGGGCGGGGAGCCUCGGGAGCCCGCGCCCGAGCGGGGUUCCGGGAUCCGGGUAGUACCCUCCUCCCUCUCGUCUUUUCUUCUCCUUCACUGCUGCGGCUGCCGCCGGGGGCAGGGAGUGAGACCGCUGCCCGGAGCCAUGUGGUGGAAGCCGUGGCGGCGCUGCUGGCGGGGCCCCCGGCGCGGCCCGGGCUCCGUGGCGCUGCUGGUGCUGUUGACCGCGGCUGCCGCCACCUUGGCCUUGGCCUUGGUGCUCCGAAGGAGCCCCGCCCCGGGUCGGGAGGCGCGGGCGCUCCAGCUUCCCGGUCUGCAGCCCGAGCCCGCCGGGGCUGGUGCCCUGCAGCCGGGAGAGAGCGCGGAGGAGCGGCUGCAACGGCUGAGCCGCCCCGUGUACCCGCGACCGCCGCCCGAGCCCGGAGCGGUGGGAGACUUGGGCCGGGCAGUGAGCCUGCAGCUGGACGAAGCUGGCAAGAAACUGCAGGAAGAGAGCAUCCAGCGGCACCAGAUCAACAUCUACCUCAGCGACCUCAUCUCGCUGCACCGGCGCCUGCCCGAGCGAUGGCACCCGCUGUGCAGAGAGAAGAAAUAUGAUUAUGAAAAUUUACCAAAAACAUCUGUUGUAAUAGCUUUUUAUAAUGAAGCAUGGUCAACUCUUCUACGAACAGUGUAUAGUGUUCUUGAGACAUCUCCGGAUAUUUUGCUUAAGGAAAUUAUCCUGGUGGAUGAUUACAGUGACAGAGAACAUUUAAAGGAGCCUUUGGAAAACCAUUUGUCUGGUCUGCGUAAAGUACGUUUAAUCCGGGCAAAUAAAAGGGAAGGACUAGUUCGAGCUCGACUUCUGGGAGCUUCUAUAGCAACUGGAGAAAUUCUGACUUUCCUUGACUGUCACUGUGAAUGUCAUGAUGGGUGGCUGGAGCCGUUGUUGGAAAGGAUUCAUGAAGAAGAAUCAGCAGUUGUAUGUCCUGUGAUUGAUGUCAUUGAUUGGAACACAUUUGAGUAUCUGGGAAAUUCAGGAGAUCCACAGAUUGGAGGUUUUGACUGGAGACUGGUGUUCACUUGGCAUUCAGUGCCUGAAAAGGAGCAAAAACGAAGGCGUUCCAAGAUUGAUGUCAUCAGGUCCCCAACCAUGGCUGGUGGACUGUUUGCUGUGAAUAAGAGGUACUUUGAAUAUCUUGGAUCGUAUGAUACAGGAAUGGAAGUAUGGGGAGGAGAAAACCUUGAGUUUUCAUUUAGGAUCUGGCAGUGUGGAGGAAGUCUUGAGAUCCAUCCUUGUUCUCACGUAGGUCAUGUCUUCCCUAAGCAAGCUCCUUAUUCACGGAGCAAGGCUCUGGCUAAUAGUGUUCGUGCUGCUGAAGUUUGGAUGGAUGAAUUUAAAGAAAUUUAUUACCAUCGAAAUAUGCAUGCACGUAAGGAACCAUAUGGAGAUAUAACAGAGAGGAAAGAACUUCGUGAUAAGCUUAAAUGUAAGGAUUUCAGAUGGUUCCUAGAGAAUGUGUAUCCAGAACUUCACAUUCCUGAAGAUAGACCUGGCUACUUUGGAAUGUUGGUAAACAGAGGAAUGGCAGAUUAUUGUUUUGACUAUAAUCCUCCCAGUGAAAGUGAAAUAACAGGAAACCAAGUCAUUCUUUAUCUCUGUCAUGGAAUGGGUCAGAAUCAGUUUUUUGAAUAUACUUCACAUAAUGAACUACGAUAUAACACCCGCCAACCAGAAGCCUGUGCAGCUGUUGAUGUAGGCACUGAUCAUCUGACCAUGCAUCUCUGUUAUAAAAAUGUCCCAGAAAAUCAGAAAUUUAUUUUUAAAGAGGAUGGAACCUUAUUUCAUGUACAGUCUAAGAAAUGUGUACAAGCUGAGGCAAAUUCUUCUAAUGGCAAUCCAGCCCCACUAUUAAGAACAUGUACAAAUUCAGAGUAUCAAAAAUGGUUCUUCAAAGAAAGAAAUUAAUAUGUUACUGUGCCAGCCAACCAGAUGAUGGACUGAUGAUCAGAAGGUCUGGAUUCCAGUUCCAGUUCCACCAUUUACAGUUAUGUGACUUUACGCAAACCCCUUCAUGUCUGAAUCUCAGUUUAAGAAUAUUUGCUCAGCCUACCUCGCAGUAUUGUUGUGAGGGUCAAAGGAAAUAUGUGAAAGACUUUUUAACUGACUAUAAGACAUCGUAUAUAUGUAAGGUAUGACAAUGAUUGUGCUCAGGAGGACUUUGUAGCCAAUAGCUACUGAGUUCAGUGCAAUGUGAGGUUAUCAUGCAAAACUUGACAGCAAUAUUUUCAUAAGGAAAUAAUUUUAUAAGGUGUGAAUUUUUUUGAGAAUUAGCAGAAGAGCUUAAACUUUGCACUAUUUAUUUUAAAAGCUUUAUUGUUGUUUCAAGAUGGCCUAUUUUCAUAGAGAGAAGCACAUAACUCUUUUUAUUCAGUGACUUAAAAGCAAUUAUCUACCAAAUACUUUUUAAUAUUGCCUAUAUUCUACAAUAGUGCCUUUUUUCCAGAAAUAAGGUAGAGGUUGAAUAUUGAUAUUUUUUCAUAUAUUAAGCUAUUUGCACAGUUAAAACAAACAAAAAUCCCACAUGUAUUGUAGAUUGCAGUGAUUAAUAUUUUGGCCAGAAUUUUCCUAGUGCAUGAAACUGUAGAAAAGCUGCAUAUAAGGAAAGGGAUGAUAACUCCUUCAUAUCACUGGGAUACUCAAAGCUUAUUUUAAAUAAAACUGUUUGUAUGUUACAGAGCUGUCAACAACAGUCAGAGAGGUCUUACCAAUGAUACCUAGAAUCAUAAGAGUUUUAAAGGGUAUUAUGUCCAAACUCCUGCUGAAUAGCCAAAAGCUCUCUAUAAUAUUCUCAGAAUAUGACUAUUCAGCCUUUGCUUAAAUACUACCUCAUAAGGCAAUUCAUUCCUUUUUCAGAUGAUCAUAAUUGUUAAGAUAUUUUUCUUCUAUUGAGUUGAAAGCUGCCUUCCUAUUAAUUCAACUCCAUUUGAUUCUAGUCAUGGCUUCUGGAGUCAUAAUGUAUCUUUAAAUAUUUUAAAAAAGCUAUCAUGUCCCCAUUAACUCUUUUCUUCUUUAGACUAACCCACCCUAAUUUAUCCAAACCAUUCCUUAUAUGACAUGCAUUUGAGUACCUGAAACAAUCCUGUUACUCUAGUUUGUCAGUGCUGGGCCCCAAACUGAAGCCAGCAAGUAAAGUAAAUAUGAUUUGACCAGAGAUUAGGAUAAUAGGACUGCCAAUUACUCUUUCUGAACACUGUGCUUCUAUUAAUGUUGCCUAAAACUGAUUUUGAAACAAUAACCUUACUAUAAACUUUCAUAUAAAACAAACUUUUAAUAACACUUUAAUGUGGCUUAACCAUCAUUACUACUACUAAUUACUACUGUGACUUUUAAAAAUGUACAUAUAAUAAAAAUUUUUGGUAAACCUUAGUUUAAGAAAUAAAAUUUUAAUACAUAAUUCAUCAUUUAAAUCUGAACACUAAUUUUAGUACUCUGAAAGUUGUAGCAAAUGCUAUUUGAAAUUAUUUUCUAAAUGUUUUUAUUUCUCUAGCUAGUUUUGAUUUUCUUAUAAAUUCUAGAUAUACUUCUAUGGUUUUGCUGAAGAUAAAAAAAAUGAAAUAUGUAAAUAUGAAGUGUGCUAUUUUGAAUAUUGAAGUCUUUCGAAACAAUUGCUGAUUGUUAUUUUUCAUUCAAUCCGAUGUAAGAUGAUGACACAUACCAAAUUUAUUAAAGUUUCUGUGACUUUGUUUGAAACACUUUUUUUUCUACCUGUGACUUUGUUUUUUGUUUGUUUUUUACUUUAGAGGACAUAGAAUACUUCCUGUCUGUAUUGUUAGGUGGUGUAGUGGAUAAGCACUGAGCCUAAACUCAGGAAGACCUGAAUUCAAGUGUGGCUUCAGUUUCUUGCUAUUGACUCCAUUAAACUUGUCUGCCUCAAUUGUAAAAUAGUGAUAAUAGCACCUACCUCACAGAAUUGUUAUGAAGAUUAACGACAACAAUAUUUGCAAAGCUCUUGGCACAAUGUAUGGCUCAUAGUUGGUACCUAUUAAAUGAUUUUCCUUGCAUU